ACCAAUAUAAUAUAAUCCCCCUAACACCCCUUUUCUCCCUUCCCAUGCAUAUGAUAUGGCCGACGCCGACCAAUUCUCUCGCCGGAAACCCCUUGGGAAUAAGCGUGCAUCCGCCGCCAAUAGAGACCCCGACUCCGCCACUACCACGGUCACUGCCUCGGCUCCUUGUGGUGCAUGCAAAUUUCUUAGAAGAAAAUGUGUCGAUGGUUGUAUCUUUGCACCACAUUUCGCCUCCGAUCAAGGCGCUGCCCGCUUUGCCGCUGUGCAUAAGGUCUUUGGAGCUAGCAACGUGUCGAAACUGCUGCUGCAUAUUCCAGUCAGCCGCCGAAAUGACGCUGUUGUUACUAUUUCUUAUGAGGCUCAGGCCAGACUAUCCGACCCUGUCUAUGGCUGUGUCUCUACUGUCCUUGCCCUACAACAACAGGUGGCCUCUCUACAGGCGGAGCUUGCGGCGGUUCAAGCUCAAUUGAUAACCAGCAGGUUGGCAUUUGCAGCUGCAAUUCAAAACUCACAGCCAUCCCAAGUCGGAGCGUUGCAGCCAGCUUACUCUAACAACUCCUCCAUCUCUGUCUCCGCCUCUACCUCUGCUCAUAAUGCAAUCAAUUUGAGUAGUUUUGCUUCCAAUUAUGACCUUCCGACCGAGACUGCCCCAUCUUCCCAUCACCUAGAGCCUCUUCAUCUCCCUCACCGACCGAUCGAAGAUGAGGAAGACGAGGAAAAUAGCCAGUUGCCGGCCAUAUUCGCCAAUUAAGACUCUUUUACCUUCAUUUUCAAUCGACAACCCAAUGCCUGUAGAAUCAGGCUUGGAGAUGAAUAAUAUGGAAGUGAUUUUCCAUCAGUUUUCCUGCUAACUAUAAGACAGAAUCAAUUUAGGAGGCAACGAAAACCAAUGGAAUUAAAAUUUUCAACUUUAA